AACUGCUGCACAAAUGCAAGGUCUGGGGUAUGCGGACACUACAUUACUAGAAAACAAGGUUAUUGUAAUACAACAGCCUGUAGCGCAUGAUGGUUUUCUUGAGGACAUGGCUAUAGAUAAAAUUGAUUCGUGUCCACUAUACUCGGAUGAUGACGAUGAUUUUGAGCAAUCCAGCUUGACAGUGCCCAUUCCAUCUCACAAUAAAGGCUUCAAGCUUCUUCUUAAAAUGGGUUGGAAGCAAGGCACAGGACUUGGUAUUGGUGGCUCAGGAAGAUUGGAGCCAGUUCCUAUUGGAAACAAGGGAGAUACACUUGGAUUAGGCAAGGCAGAACAGAUGCAAUUACUUCACUCGGCAUCCACUUCCAGACACAAAAUCUCGACAACCGAAAAGAUUGCGACAGAAACAGAACAAGCUAAACUGGAACGAGAGGCCAAAGUUUUAAAAAUGGAGCUUAUCAAGGAAGAAAUAAAGACUGCACAGUCUGCAUUCUAUUGUGCUUUAUGUGACAAACAAUACACCAAGAUUAGCGAGUACGAGACGCAUUUGUCAUCAUACGAUCAUAAUCAUCGCAAGCGAUUCAAGGAGAUGCAGGAAUUAUCGAAACGGAGUGGAUUGCUUGGACAGCGCAAGACUAACAAAGAGGACAAAGAAUCUAUACGAGAACAAAGGGAAGUCAAUCGACUACAACAAGCAAUGAUGCAUCGAGCCGAAUCCAACCCUUUAAAGCCAAUACCUUGUGUGGACAUGGAUGCGAAUCAGCCAUGCGACUCAAAAAAUAAUAUUAUUCUUGAUUCUAAUCAGCAUCAAGACACUGAACCUGUACAAAACCAAUCCAAAAAACCAAUAGCGUUUGGAUUUGGUUCUAAAAAACCAGUUGGUAGUAUCAAAUUUUCACUCAAUAAAAAAUAG